UUCAGCCCGGAGCAGCCGGAGAAACGAGGAGAAGCGUCUCGUGGAUGUAUUGAGAGUUUUUCCGCGUGACGUCGUGUCGCCGGAGGGAAGCCGGGGCUCCUCGGAGGAGCAGAGGUCCGCACGCGAGGAGGAGAACCCCGCCACUGAACCGUUUAACCCUCCUCCGCUCCGCCACGCCCCCCCCCCCCCCCCCCCUUCUCUCCCUUUCCUCACCGGCUCCUGUUCCCCAGAGGGCAGAUCUAAGUAUGGGGUAAAAGAGCCGAGAGGAGACGCAAGGACGAGACAAGCUGAGGAGGCUCCGCUCACCUGCACAGGUGGGUGCAGGACACUGUCAUGGCGGUGCAGCGGAGGAGGCUGAAGCUCGUGGUGACAGUGAUGAUGGUCAACCUCUUCAUCUUCAUCCUCAUCUUCCGACAAAGCGGCCAGGACAAGAACGGGCUUCACAAGGUGCACAUCCCCUCCGGGCCCUUCUGGAGCAAGCUGGCUCCCGCCCCGGCCUACUGGAACCGCCAGCAGCAGAUCCUGGACUUCCAGAACAAUCCCAUCCUGGCGUCUAACUACAACGCCUCGGAGCUGCCCGAUUGGCUCAUUGAGACCAGUCUGUCCAGUGACCCCUGCCAGCCGAACGUCAGGGCGACCACUCAGGUGAAGGACUACAACUCCCUCCCGGAGCGCUUCAAGGACCUGCUGCUCUACAUGCACUGUCGCUCCUACCCGAUGAUGGUGGACCAGCCUCGAAUCUGUGAGGAGCCGCCAUUCCUGCUCCUCGCUAUCAAAUCCCAGGUAUCGCACUUCGACCGGCGCCAGGCCAUCCGUCAGUCCUGGGGACGGGCGGGCGUUGUGUCCAAUCAGACGGUGGCGGUUGUCUUCCUUCUUGGAAACGCCACAGCCUGGGACCACCACCCGGAUCUGUCCAGCAGCCUGCGGGACGAGAGCCUGCGCCACCAGGACAUCAUCCAGUGGGACUACCGGGACUCGUUCUUUAAUUUAACUGUCAAAGAAGUUCUGUUCCUGGAGUGGAUCCAGAUCCGCUGCCGGUCGGCCCGCUUCAUCUUCAAGGGGGACGACGACGUCUUCGUCAACACCUACCGCAUCCUGGAUUUCCUCAAGGGCCUCUCGGAGCCCAAAGCCAGGGACCUGUUUGUGGGGGAUGUGAUCACCGAGGCGGGGCCGCACAGAGACAAGAAGGUCAAAUACUUCAUCCCAGAGAGCAUGUACGUUGGGAAGUACCCCCCGUACGCAGGAGGGGGCGGGUACCUCUUCUCCGGGGACGUGGCGGCCCGGCUGCACACGGUGUCGCACCGGGUUCCGCUCUACCCCAUAGACGAUGUCUACACGGGCAUGUGUCUUAAAAAAGUAGGGCUGGGCCCCGAGAAGCACAAAGGCUUCAGGACCUUUGACAUAGAGGAGAAGUACAGGGCGAACCCCUGUGCCUAUAAGAGCUUGAUCCUUGUUCACCCAAGGACGCCGCAGCAGAUGAUCCAGAUCUGGACCUGGCUCAGCAGCCCGGACCUGAACUGCCAGUGAACAGGGUCCCGGAGGAGAAGUGGUAGAUAUUUGAUCUGGAACAGGUCCCGGACUGAAAGGUGGCAGCUUUAAGUUAAGAUAUGAAUGUUCUGGUCACUGGAGCCUCGGCUCGGUGCAGUCGAGCACGAAGACGUAUCGUUGGCUCCGUUUCUCAAAACCACCACCAUAGUAUUUGGGCUUGAUGUCGAACUUCCUGCUUUAUCAUGUCAAACGAGCUUUACCCCAAAGCGACCGUGUCUGUCUUUGCGUGCACAUAUUUAUAUUUCACAACUAUUUAUAUGGCCUUUAAAAAUGCUUUAACACUGUCGGCUCCACGACGGAGCGUCCCAAUGCUGUAUUAUAUAAAGAUGGAGACUGAAACCCGUGAUGUGUCCACCUGGGGCUCUCUGUUCUCCGAGAGAUCUGAAAGAUGUGUGUCUGAAAAGAGUGAGAGGUAAAAAACAAUGGUUCCAUUUACUGCUGCGAGCUUUAAAGGAGCUUCCUGGUGACAUCCUGGUUGCUGGAGGCUUAGUUUGUGCUGCUACUCCCUUCCACACUCCCUGAAGUAUUCACUUGUGACUUGUCCCACUGAGAAAACAACUUUUAUUUUCUGUUUGCUAAUUUACAAAACAUUCAGUUUCUCUCUGAUUCCUCCAAAUGGUGCUCACUCUCUUCGCUUAAUCUUUUUUUUUUUUUUAAGAUGUAUAGUGUAAAAAGUUCAAAUCCUUCCGUAGUUUGGAGAAGGGGGAGUUUGGUGGAGGGGACACGUGGUGAGGUCGGGACAUGAGGGGACAGGAGUCCAGCUCUGUGCAGCUCAGCAGGUCUGGGCCGGACAUGGACGGACACAUCGAAAUGCUGGUGACCUCUGCUUCAGGCUCUCACUUUACACAAAAUGAAAAACAGACCAAAAAAGAGAAAAAGACUCUUUUAAAAACCCAAAGUGCAUUUUCAGUGAGACGUGAAGACAUUUGUGUGUCGACUCGUGUUGAAUGUUGUUGAAUGUGUCGACGUCAGAGAGUGAAACUUGUUUUGAACAUCACAUCGAGACGUAUCGGCCCUGAUCCUUAAAAAGGCUUCAUCUCAUAAGUUUGUGUCAAGUUCCGUCUUUACUCCUCAUGUGAGGAUGGAACCGAUUACAACCCUUUUUAAAAAGUGUAUUCAUGAGAAACUCCCUCUGGUUUCAGACGUGUUUGGUGAUUUGCUCGACCUUCUCUCCAGGAACCUGUAUGUUUGAACGAAAGCUUAAUUUGAUUGUCCCUGCUCGGAUCCCCGAUGUUUGUCCUCACUCACCGUCUUUUACUGUCUCCAGGAGAAUCAUGUCCUGUUCCUCUUACAGCUGCGUGUGUAACGCAGACACACACUUGACACACACACACUCACCUCUGUGAUGAUUCAACGGCCGCGGAGGAGGAGACGCUCUUUCUGAAUGUCCGUCUCUGAUUCUCUUCAGGAAGUCAACACUUAAAAUAAGUGACACAAAUGUUGGUUUGAGUCUCGAGUUCAGGUCGAACCUGGUUGUUAGAACGUCUGAUGUGAGAGAGAGAGAGAGAGAGAGAGGCUGUGGAGCUACACCUCUGUUAGAGCUCCCCCUGCUGGUUAAAACCGCCCACACUGGCAACUCCUUGACUGAAGACUGUAAUACAACUUAAUUUAUUGUGUCCUGUUUGUGUGUCCGUUUGUUUUGUGUUGACCUGUGUUGGUGUGAGAGUUGAGAGACAAAUGUAAGUUAUGACAAUCACCGUGUUGCUCUGAAAGGUUUUGUUUUUUUAACGUGUUUUUUCUGAGAUAAACAACUUACCAGACACUAUUUUUGCUUUUGUGUAGAAAUCUGUUGUCUCCAUGUAGGAUAAAACAAACACUGAAAAAAUAGGAGACACACAAAAAGAGCCGGGAACCGAGUGGAGCUCAUUCAUUUACUCAAAUUCAAAAUCCAUUCGUCGCAUGUUUGCUCGUCGCUGCAGUUUCUCACCGACAGGCGGUGACGUUAAAUCCUCGCUGCACACGGCUUUUAGCUACGUGAAAUGUUUACAUGUUAUUAAAAAGUCCUCAUCAUUUAUUUUUUUAUAAUUUCUACUUCUGUCCGAUGAUUGGCCCGUUUGUGUUUGUUCACUUCUCCACGCACGUAUGAAACGUCUGUGUGGAUUUUACUGCCGGGUGUUUUUCUUUGAGAACCUUUGUCUGGUCUCUAUAAACCGUCAGUGUUUCUCUGGGCUCAUCUCCCAGGAUGUGUCGUUCUCAGCGGGUAUAGAAACCAUAAACUGUGUACAUCAAUAACACAAGGCAAAAAUAUACAGUACAAAUGAAAAGAGGUUAAAAAUGGACCCGGGGGAAUUGAUCCCAUUUAAAUGAAACAUCGAAGAGUAAUAAUGUGAUAAAAAUACAGACGGAGCCUUCAGACAUCUUGAUGAUCACAGGAUCAAAUCUCGUUUGUGACCCACAAAGAAGGUUUUCACAUUGAGAAUCAUUCACUUCCUUUAGCCGUCAUUCAUUUCUAAUAUUUGCUGCAUUGGUAACGUGUAAUUCCUGAAACCUGUGGUUAUUGUUGCACCGUCGGAGAUAAAAACCAAAUCUGUGCCUGAUGUUUGUACUGUAUGUAGAAGAGUUUCCUUCAGCCAUGCUAAGCGUGAUCGCUUUUUUUUUAUUACCUAGAAAGACUUGAUUGUUUGAAUAAAGUUAUAUUUUGCUGUUUUUGUAUAUACUGUUCUAUGCAUUUUUAUUGUAAUACAAAUAAAUUAUGUGACAUAUGUA